UAGUUGGUAGUACUAGUGAGUAGUGAGCUAGUUGGUGGUAGCAGAGUUGAGUGUGGAUCUGCGGAAGUGUAUUAUUUAGGAUUUUGGGAGAGAAGAAAAGGGAUCUGUUCUUAGAUUCUUCUAUUCAGACUUUGUUCUAAAAAAGAAAAAGAAAAAAAAAGAAAAAAGAAAGAAAAAAAAAAGAGGGGGAUGGAUGUGGUGACCUUCGGUAUCAUAAUCGGAAUAAUAGUACUUUUCUUUAUAGUCGUUUGCGUAGUGACCAUCGAAGGAGUCUGUAAGAGCCGCUCUUAGUGGUUUAUAGUCUACUCUGCUCUCAGUCUCACCCAAACAGCUCCUUAAACAGCCGGGAAAUGGGGGCGUGUAAGAUACAGAUGGCGUUUGUUGUUGUUGGUUUGGUUCUUGGGUUGUGUUUGGAUCUGGGUUUGGUUUGUGCAUCUGGGGAGGCUCAUGUUCAUAGUCACAAAUGUAGUCAUGGGCAUGACCAUCAUGGCCAUGGUCACCAAGGACAAACCUUGAUGGGGUCGAAGCUUCUGCCUGAGGAGUUGGCGGAGGAGGAAGAUAUGAAGUUGUAUGGAUUUGGGUUUCACAGUCAUGAUCAUGAUCACAGUGAGCAUUUUGGUGCUUUGCAGCUCUCAGUUUCUGGUCUUUGGAUUCAUUCCUUGGGAUGCUCGCUUUUAGUCAGCAUGGCUUCUCUCAUUUGCCUGAUUAUUUUGCCAGUUAUAUUCGUACAGGGAAAACCAUCCAAGGCAGUUGUUGAUUCCUUGGCUUUAUUUGGGGCUGGAGCUAUGUUAGGGGAUGCUUUCCUUCAUCAACUACCACAUGCUUUUGGUGGAGGGCACUCUCACUCACAUGACGACCAUGCAGGCCAUGAUCAUAGUGAAAAUGAGCAUUCACAUGCACAUUCCUUGGAAGAUCUUUCUGUAGGAAUUGCCGUCCUGGCGGGAAUUGUGUUGUUUCUUUUAGUAGAAAAGAUAGUGAGGUAUGUUGAGGAACACUCUGGAGGAACUAAUGCAUGGGGUCAUGGUCAUCAUCACCACCAUCACAGCAAGAAACUGAAGGAUGACAAUGAUUCUCAUGAUGACUCGCAGUCAGAAUCAUCCACUGGAAAAGAUGGGAGGAAGUCAAAUGCAUCAUCGGAAGGAAAAGUGGAAAAAGUUUUAAAUGAUUCUCUGAAAGAAAAUUCUCAUCAUGAUACUCAAUUGCGUAAGAGAAACACUACCACAGGUGAUAAGGAUAAUAAACCAGAUGUUGAUGGUGCAGAUUACUCAAGUCAUGAUGCUAAAUCAUUAGAUGGAGCACCUGCAAGAAAACCCAACAAUCUUGUGUUUGGUUAUCUCAAUCUCUUCUCUGAUGGUGUUCACAAUUUCACGGAUGGGAUGGCCUUAGGAAGUGCAUUUCUGCUUCAUGGUACUGUUGGCGGGUGGUCUAGAACUCUAUUCUUGCUAGCUCAUGAGAUUCCUCAAGAGGUUGGUGAUUUUGGUAUUCUGGUGAGGUCCGGUUUCAGUGUAUCCAAAGCUCUCCUUUUCAAUUUCCUCUCAGCGCUUGUGGCCCUAGUUGGAACCGCAAUGGCUCUGCUUAUUGGGCAGGAUCCAGGGCAGUCGUCUCUGAUGGAGGGUUUUACAGCUGGUGGAUUUAUAUACAUUGCUGUUGCUGGAGUGCUUGCAGAAAUGAAUAACAAUGGCAGCUCAUCACUGAAAAGCACGGCGAUGCAAUUAACUUCGCUGAUACUCGGCAUGUCAAUUGCUCUAUGCAUUUCACUUUAUGAAUGAAAGUUCAUUUAGAAAUUGGGACUCAGAUAUUGAUAGUGUACUGCAGUACUAAUAGGGGAUGAAAUCGAAUUACAACUCUGCUUCUCCGCCUGAUUUGUGUGGGGAAUGUGGAAAUGAGACGAGAGAAGAUAGAAAAUAGAAGUAUGAUUAAACCUCGUCACAAUACACAUUCUAUGGAACAUGGUGCUUGUUUUUCCUCUGCUUUGAUGCAUUAAAUAUAGUUCUUAAAGCAUCUUUCAUUCUUUC